AUGCGCUCAUUCUCGUACGUCGCUUUACUUACCUCCUGCUUAGUGGGAAAAUCUUUAGUGGGAGCACUUCCUUCGAGAGACUAUGCAUAUAGUAUCAAGGAGGAGAUAGACUUGCCAGGAGGUUGGGUCAAGCAUGGCGACCCGCCUGCGAACCACAACAUUGUGCUUCGCAUUGCUCUUCCUCAGCCAAAUUUCCACGUCUUGGAACAACAUCUAUACGAGAUCAGCGAUCCUGACCACGAACGUUACGGCCAGCACCUCUCUAAAGAGGAGGUCGAGGAACUAGUUGCUCCUCACUCUGAGUCUUUGGAUCUUGUGAACGAAUGGAUCUCGUCUUUUGGCCUUACCGAAGACGACCUUGUUCGUUCGCCAGCAAAGGACUGGGUUACACUCAAGCUGCCAGUGUCUUUGGUAGAAAAGAUGCUCGAUACUAAAUACUACGUUUGGCAACACGCACAAAGCGGCGAUUAUCUAGUUAGGACAACAAGCUACAGUCUCCCUUCUCAUCUUCAUGACCAUGUUGAUACAAUCCAACCCACAACAUCGUUCGGUCGAUUCAGGAAAGAAAGGUCGACCAUUUUCAGCGCCACCCCUAUAAAAGAGGUUGCAGCUUCCAAAAGUGAACCUGUCCAUGAUCCUGCUUCCGGUGUCACUGUAGAUGCCAGUUGUAACCAGACUAUAACAAUUAGCUGCUUGCAGCAAAUGUAUAAUGCUGUCGGUUUUACGCCAUCUGCUAAAGGAAACUCCAUUGGUAUAACUGGGUAUCUAGAACAAUUCGCCAACUUCGCAGAUCUCCAGUUGUUUUUCCAAGAUCAACGACCCGACGCUGUGAACUCAUCCUUCAAAGUGGUAUCUGUGGCAGGAGGCUUAAAUAAUCAAACGCGCGACGAAGCCGGUGACGAAGCAGACCUUGAUGUUGAGUAUGCAUUCGGACUUUCUCAUCCAGUUCCGGGGACUUUUUUCACUACAGCAGGCAGGCCACCAUUCAUCCCUGACUCUGGCGAAACUGUGGAUGAUAACGAGCCAUAUACUACCUGGCUGGAGUUCGUUUUAUCACAAAAGGAGAUUCCUCUUGCUAUUUCGACUAGUUAUGGAGAUGAUGAACAAACUGUCCCGAAGAACUUUGCCCUGCGUGUAUGUGCCGAAUUCGCUCAGCUUGGUGCUCGUGGAGUGUCUGUUAUGUUCUCUUCUGGAGAUGGAGGUGUCGGGGAUGGCGAUCCGAAUCCUGCCACCCAAAAUUGCUUCACCAACGACGGGAAGAAUAGGACAGCUUUCAUUCCCGGAUUCCCUGCUUCCGUAACUGCCGUCGGCGGUACCACCCAUUUCCCUGAAACUGCGGUGACCCGAUUCUUCUCUGGAGGAGGGUUCAGCAACUACUUCGCUCGCCCACCAUACCAAGAGAAGGUCGUCCCCGCUUAUUUGAAGAAUUCUCUUCCCAAAGGAACCUAUGCUGGACUUUUCAAUCCCAAUGGGCGAGCAAUUCCAGAUGUCGCAGCACAAGGAGAUCUAUUCAAAGUAUUCAUCGAGGGACAGGCUUUCCUUAUUGGAGGCACCUCAGCAUCCAGCCCAACUUUCACUGGUUUUGUAGCUUUGCUCAACGAUGUCCGACUCAAAGCUGGCCGCCCGCCCCUGGGAUUCCUGAACCCUUUCAUCUAUUCCAAAGGUUUCCUUGGUCUGAACGACAUUACAGUUGGCCACAACUCUGGUUGCGGUACACCAGGUUUCAAUACGUCCAAAGGUUGGGAUCCAGGUAUGGGUGUUUAUAACCUUUUCCCACCGCUGCGUGAUCUUCUGACUCCGUACUCCUCAAGUUACUGGCUUCGGUACCCCAAAUUUCGGGAUACUCAAGGAACUAGUUUUGGAACUGUAACCGAUAACGACGGUUAA